ACAAGCAGCACCUGGCCACCGGGCCCACCCUCUUCUGUGACGUCAACCUCGUCGCCGCCAGCACCGCCUGCAGCCAGUACUUCCGCCAGCUGCUGCUGUCGACGUCUUCCCCACCGCCUUCAGAUCCGGUAUUGGACACCCGUCAUCAACCCCCUCUUCUGGGGGGCUGAGCGAGUCCUGGAGCUGCAUCACCUCCAGUCCAGAGUGCUGUCCAACCUGCUUGACUUCAUCUACACCUCCCACGUCCUCCGCCGGGACGACAAGGGGAAAAGGCUUCCCUCAGAGGCGGGCCUCAGCCUCGGGGUGCCCUUCUUGACCCACCUGGUUAAAGAAGAGGAGGAGGAACCAGGGGAGAUGAAGGGUAAAAGCAGGCAGGGCCGAGGAGGGGAGGCCAUGAUUGAGGACGGGGCAUGCGGCCCAGAGAACGCUAAGAUCACCCUCAGCUUCCCCCUCAGUGCCGCCCUGCCCGCCGCCCUCACCGUUCACAACCACCGCCCCUCCUCGGCCAUGUCCUCCCCUCGCUGCCGACACUCCUCCUCAGGCUCCAAGGGGUCCAAUGAGGGGUCGUCAUGGAAACUGGCCACCGCCACCACCACGGACAAACGGCGGACGUUUAAACAGCCCCGACAUGACAGCUCUCCAUGCUCUUCCUCCUCCUCCCAUUCCUCUUCUUCCUCUCCCAUGGAUCUUACUGCACUGGUCAAAAAGGACACCAAAUCCCCCCCACCUCUUUUCAAAGCCGGUCUGGACUCCCAGUUCCACAGGUUCACCCCUAGGUCCUCCAAUGGGCCUAUAGUGGGUUACCCAGGGGAGGGUCACAGACUGACCAAUGGCACAGCCUCCCCCUCAGACACUGCACAGAUCCUGUUCAACCUGAGCGCCGUGGCCUAUCAGAGCCAGGGGAGGCAAGGCACAGAGAGAAAGGAGAAAACAGGAAAACAAGGAGGGAGGGUGGGCACCCCACAAGUUGGACCAAACCUCCACCCGCCCAACCUCCACCUUCCUCCUCUUCCUCACCCUUCCUCCUCUUUCAUCCCACCCCCUCUUCCUCCCCACGCCUCCUCCACCCCCCCAGAUGGCCCCAAGGCGGAGCUGAUAUGUGGGGUGUGCCACCGCCUCUUCAGCUCCGCCUCGUCUCUCACGGCCCACAUGCGGCUGCACCGUGGCGGCCGGGCCCUCAGCUGCCAGCACUGUGGCAAAGCCUUCAUCCACAACAAGAGACUGCAGUCCCACGAGGCCUCCUGCAGGCACGCUCUGACCCCGGCUAUCCCCUCUAACCUCCCCCUUCUCCCCAUCCAGCCAAAAGAGGAGCCCCUGGAGGAAGGGGAGGUUAGGGUGGAGGGUGGACAGAUUCUGGGAGCAGGUGAGGAAGAUAUGAAGCCUGGAAAAGGGAAGAAAGGGCGAGGUCUCCUAGUUCGACACGAAGGCGACGUGUCCGAGCUGGUGGGGGACGAGGACCACUUCGUCAAGGUGGUGGACGGCCACAUCAUCUACUUCUGCUCGGUGUGCGAGCGCUCCUACAUGACCCUGUCCAGCCUCAAGCGCCACUCCAACGUGCACUCAUGGCGCCGCAAGUACCCCUGCCACUUCUGCGACAAGGUGUUUGCCCUGGCCGAGUACCGCACCAAGCACGAGGUGUGGCACACGGGCGAGCGACGCUACCAGUGCAUCUUCUGCUGGGAGGCCUUCGCCACGUACUACAACCUGAAGACCCACCAGAAGGCUUUCCACGGCAUCAGCCCGGGCCUCAUCUCCAGCGAGAAGACGGCUAACGGUGGCUACAAGCAGAAGGUCAACGCACUCAAGUUCUACCGCCUGCUCCCCAUGCGUUCCCAGAAGAGACCCUACAAGACUUACAGUGACUCCCUGGCCAAUGGCCUGCAGCUGCCCCCUUCCGACCCCUCUGCCGUCCCUCUGCCCCUGGACUGCAGCCUGUCUGACUCCCUGGACCCUGGUGACCUGCGCAGCCUCAUCAGUGGCUCUCUACCCAAGGGUGUGAAGCCAGACCCUGAAGAGUUCCUUGCCAGCUUCCCACUCACAGUAGCCCUAGAGCAGGGAGAGAUCCGGCUCCCUUCCCUAACAGGCAUGGCCCUAGGGAGAGAAGCAGACAGAGAGCCAGCAUCCGAGAAGGUAGGUAGUCGUGGCAGCAGCUCCAAGGUAUCCGUUGGCAACAGAGUUAAAACUCCCAAGGUCAGCGGUAGCCCAGAGUUGGGUUUGUCCUCGGUGAUCACGUACGGACACCCCAAGCCAUCAGUUAUAGUGCACGGCACAGCAGUGUCAUCCGUCAUUGUCCAUAGCAACCAGGUCACCUCCGGAGGUGGGAAAAGCCCCCUGAGGAGUCCCUCCCCUGAAUCUAGCAACAGCCAGACACUCCUCCCCAAGAGCAGUGCAAAGCCUGUUAAAAAGCAUAGGGAGAGUACGGAGAGCCAUAGGAAGAGGGCUAAAUUAGUGGACAGUUCAGAUGCCACAGAGGAGUCGGAGAGGAGAUCAGAGACGGGUAGGUCCCAUCAUAAGUCCAGCAAGAGUGACGGCUCCUCAGCCAAACAGUCGUCAGAGGGCAAAGGAGCCGGGCCGCUGUGUCAGAUCACGGUGCGGAUAGGCGAGGAGGCCAUGGUCAAGCGCAGUAUCUCCGAGACGGACCUCAAGAGGGACAGGAGCCCCCCUCCUUCCAAAGCCAAAAGGACAUACUCCUCCCCACUGGAGACCAAGGAACCUCGCCACUCUCACCACCACCACCACCACCACCAUCACCACAAACACCGCUCCCAUCGCAGCUCGAGCACCGGAGCCGAGGGGGAGAGAGGAGGAGAUGGGGAGCGCAGGAAGAAAAGUCCCAUAGCCCCGGGCAAGGUCAGAGAGUACUACUUCCGCCAGGAGGUGCGCAAGCAGGGGGAGAGUGAGGACGAUGAGGACAACCUCUGGAGGCCCUACUACUCCUACAAACCCAAGAGGAAGGCCCCGCACGUCCACAAAGCAAAGAACUGGCAGGCCAAACUGCACUACAAACGCUCCCUCCGGCUUAUGAAGCGGGCCGAGGGAAUCAGGGACCAUGUAAAUAAGGAGGCAGGAGAGCAAGACGAGGAGGAUGGAACGAUGGAUGAGGUGGAGGGGGAGGUGGAAGGUCACAUAGAGCAAGAGAAGGGAGAGGUACCUGAAUCCCUCAGUAUUUCCCCUAUACCUUCGAAAGACAAAGAGGGGGAGGAAGAAAUCCAGGAGGCCCACCUUAAGACCACUGAUCCUCCCCUGGCUUCCCCCCAACCCCCUCUGGCUACCUCAGUCUCCCCUAUGGACACAAAACGCCGUCCCUGGUCCGAUGGGAGCGCGUCGGAGUGCGAUACGUGUGGCCGCUGGUUCUCCAGCUCCAGGAAGCGGGAUAAACACGAGCUCAGCCACCUGCUGGAGUUUGUGUGCCUCCUUUGUAGGGCCCCUUUCCCUUCCAGGGACCAGCUGGAGGAUCACCAGAGAACUCGGCACCCCAAAGACCCCGACCCCCUGUCCGUGCCACCCCGAGCGGUACCUCAGUCCAGAGAUGAGGGCGUGGAGAGGGAGACUAAGCUGGCAGAGGUAGACCGAGCGAGAGAGAGGGUUAUACUAGGGAAGGGAAGUCCAAGUCGCCUAAGCAGGAGGUCGUUGGCGAGACACACCUGUUUGCAGUGCCAUAAGGUAUGCAAGACAUCCUCGGCGCUAAACCGCCACGUGAGGCGCCACGAGUUAAGCAGCUCCCCGGAGAGGGAAAGGGAGGAGACCCAGCCAGAGCCAAAAGCAGCAGCAGAGACUACAGUUAGCACUGCUAGCAAAGACCUCGACACCAUGAGUGGCCAUGUUCCCGUUGUUCAGUCUGUCCCAGCUAUCAGCUACCCUGUCCCAGAACCACAGCAUAGCAGUGAGGGCAUAGAGGCACAGCAGUGCGCGAGCCAGCCUAGCAAAGUGAAAGCAGAGCACCAUAUACCAACACUGUGCAGCAGCCCUGAACUCAAUGAACUCGCCACUCCUGUUCCUGACCGAGAGCCCAGUCCACUGAUUAUUCAGCCCCCUUCAGAGAUCCCCAUGGUCGAUAUCCCCGAUUCUAACAGGCCCACACCCUCUCCCUCCUCCUGCACCUCGCCCCUCCAGGGUGUGCUGGUCAUGAGCAGUGGAGCUGAAUGUCUGGACUACCGGACCCCCAGGAAGAGGAGUCUGGAGGGGCAGAGUCACAGGAGGACCAGCCCUGCACCUGUCACGGGACCACCCACCGCUUUUCUGAACAUGCACCUGACCUCGCAGAUGAGAAUCAACCACACUGCUGCUCCUCCGUCCGUUGCUAUGACAACAGUGCCCCUCCGAGGGGUCUGUGGCGUGAAGCGGGAGGGAGAUAUUGUGGAGAAAGGACUGAGGCAGGGAUGUGGGAUGGGCCUCCUCCAUCAUGCUGGUUUUAAGGACUCACCAGUGGCCCAAGAUGUCAGGGUCCUGCCCUUGUCCCGGAGCCCCAGUCCCAACCAAGCACAAGACCUGACCAUGUCCUCAAUCCUAGCCAGGGAGGUGGAGAGGGAAAGGCAGAGAGAAUGGGAGAGGGAUAUGGACAGAGAGCUGGAAAGGGGGAGGCAGAGAGAAAGGGAAAGGGAUAUGGACAGAGAGAUGGAAAGGGGGAGGCAGAGGGAGAAGAAUAUGGACAGAGUGCUAGAAAGGGAGAGGCGGAGAGAAAGGGAGAUGGAGAGGGUUCAGCAGACUAGGGGGGCAUCUCAACCUCCACAGGAGCAGCUCAGAGACAAGGAGGUGAUCCUCCUGGUACCCAAAGAGGAGCCAAUUAGUCCCAUACCGUCCCCUAUACACACACCCAUUCAAACCACUAUUAACAACCGUCCCUUGCAGAGGCGGCCCACUGUGUCCCCAUGCCUCUCCCCCACUGCCAUGGACUUGCUGAUGCAGGCCAACCGCCAAGUUUCCCAGUCCAUGUGUGGCACACGGGGCCCCGAGAGGCUUCAGUUGCCCACUGGGUCAGUCGGUGGCAUCGACCGCCCCUCGGCCCACGCCCUCCUGCUCCCACGGGUCCCCCCACCGUCCGAGGCAGAGCCCCAGGACCACUCCCCAGCGCCAUCCAGAGACCCUCACAGGGGGGAAGUCACUGCCAGGGGAUACCCCAUGCAGGACUACCCCCUGCCCCUCAUCGUCCAGAGCGGCUACUGCUCUGGCAAGAAGCAGGAAGACAACCUGCUCAUGUCUUACCCAACCGGGCCUCUUGCCUUCGGGCCGUUGGGGAAGAUGAUGCCUACCGGGGACCUAGCCAAACUGCCCUUCUACCCCGACCCGUACCAUCUGCUCUACGGGCCGCAGCUGCUGGCCUACCCCUACAACCUGGCCUCCCUGCCCAUGGCUCUGAACAUGAUGGCCCCUGGGGACGACAAGGUGGCGCCGCUGCCCUUCCUCCCUGCCCUCUUCAACUACGCUGCCGCAGCUGGUCCCUACGCUGGCAUGUUGCCACACCACCUAGUGGCCAACCCCAGCCUCUACAACAGCGGUGGCAGCAGUAGAAAGCAGCGGGCGGCGGCGGCGGCGGAAAGCCGUAGAGGUUGUGGAGAGAAGUGACCCUUUUAUUGUAUUUUAAAAGUGGAUGACCAGGCCUGUGGUUGGAAGAAGGGGUGGAGUCGUCUCCUCAUGGUUACCGAGUCCACUUGCACAGUCCCCGGCCUCUCUUUUGUGAAGUAGCAGUCAGAGCCUCGGCGUUGACUCUGCAGAGAGGAUGAAUGGGAGGAGGAUGAGUGAGGAAAGAAGGGACACACUUCAUCAUUACGGGCGGAUAUCCUCCUCUCCUUUCCUCUGGCUUCUGUUCUCAUGUCUUUCUGUCGUACUAGUUCUGCACUAGCGCUUGGAUAAUUGUCUUCUCCGACUCGUUAUGAUAUCUAUAAUAAUAAUAAUAAUAAUAAUAAUAAUAAUAAUAACAGGGUGUGAAAAUGUUUCCCUCUGCUUUCCUUUACAGUGACUGCAUAAUGCUGAUCACGAAUACACCUCUCUAGGGGGACGCUUUUCAGGGAGGGAAAGGGAUCAGCUUGAAAUGGCAUCAAAUGAGUGUGUGGCGUGUGAUCGCUCAUGUGAACGUGUGCUCCGGGUGUUUGUGGGAGCUGUGCGUGACCUGUAUGUAGGAGUUAUUCAGUUGGGCAUGCUGGGGUUGGCUUCUGUUCGCCUGGUGUGUCUGAAUGCGAGCGGCUGUACGGCUGCAGUCUGCCAUCUGAGCGCUGAUCAUUCCACGGGGGUUCUGUGGUGUUAACAGCAUUCCAACACUAGACUAGCCCUUUUAUAGGUCCGUGCAUAGUUCAGUAGAGGGAAUUAUUCUGUUUCCAGUUCCCAAAGUAGCAAUGCUAGCUAACCGUAUGGAUGGAGUAGAGUCUGUACUUGAGACAAAUGGCAGAUCUUGUGGGCUUACGUUACCAUAGUGGCCAGAUAAGUCUGCUUAGGGGUUCAUGUUAGCGUUUACCUUGCGCAACACAACUGCAAAAUGUUCCUAUAAAAGGGGUGGGGGGGUGGAAGACUUGACAAGUCUUGUAGCUGAUCUGUAAAUGUACUUCAGCUGUAGCUGACCACUGGGUGAGAAACACAGGUUAGUGUAGACCACGCACUUCCUGUUCUCCUUGUACUCAUCUCAUCUCUUCCAAGGUUUGAAGAAAACAACAACAUAAGAAAUAGGUUGAUCUUUUAAUCUUCGGUGGCCCUUUUCCUCCCCCUGAUGCCUCCUGGUGUCCAACAAAGACACAGUCCGUUUACUAGGCCGGUUCGAAGAGCGGGGGAGUGUAGAAGGAAAAACACAGAGGGGUGGAAUCAGGGCAGGGCAAUUCCUGUAAUAUCUGGAAAGAGCGAGCGAGGGAGAUCUAAAAGAGAACCACAGAGGCCAGGCGCACCUAGGUCAGUACCCUCGACGGAGCUUCCGGGGUCAAAUCAAAAUGACCCCUCUUUACUGAAAGGGCAUAGAAAAGGACAACGGAAAUGGAGUCGGAUGGCGCCACAGUGGGGCCCGCUUGUGUAAAACAGCUUUUCGUGUCCCAAUAGCUCCUCUCUUCUGGGGCAGAGAAGAGAAGGGUGACGCCCCUUAGAGCCGGUGUUGUAGGGCCGGGCUUAGCAGCAUCCGUUGUGCGGCUCGGAGUUUCCCCAGAUGUCGUGUGGGACUUUAUUCUGUAGUGUCUUUCUCUUGUACGUUACAUUUACAUGUGUUUGUUUUGUUAGACUUUUAUAUCACCUUUUGCUAGACAGAAGUGGCUUCAGCAAAUGAAAGGGGUUUUUGAGUAUACUUAUGAAUAUGAAUGUCAUUUUAGUCAAGAGGUUAGGUGCAUAAAGUUCGAUGGGGUUCAGUUUUUUCCGACUUCGAAAAAUAACGCGUGGAGAGCCGUUAUGAAGUCUGGUAUGCAUAUUUACAGUAGUCAUAGGAACAUGUCAAGAAACGUAGGUUCUGUAUCCACAAAAGCAUGAGCAACACUCGCUUCAUAACAGUUUUGUAUUAUUCUCGAUAUCCAACAUCUCUCACACCCCCCCCCCCCCCCACACAACUAUCUCAGCUCACCAUCUCUGUUUUGUCUUGGUUUUGUAUUUGUUCUGCAGUGUAACCCCCUAAAAACAGAGCAGCUACCACGUUUAUUUCUCACAAUCCGUAUGGGAGCUGUCCAAUUUAUCCCCGUUCCUCCCCAAACGCGCACAAUUUACACAGCGUCCUUUUGGAGUGUUUUAUGGUGUCUGUGUGCGAUGAAACCGCUGCACUGUUCUUUUCGGGCAGGAGGACGGAAACACCGACUGCAGGGGCUCACGGCCUCCACUUGGUUGUGGUUACAAGCCGUGUGUGUGUGUGUGUGUGUGUGUGUGUGUGUGUGUGUGUGUGUGUGUGUGUGUGUGUGUGUGUGUGUGUGUGUGUGUGUGUGUGUGUGUGUGUGUGUGUGUGUGUGUGUGUGUGUGUGUGUGUGUGUGUGUGUGUGUGUGUGUGUCUCUAAGCGUGUGUCUGUAUGUAGCACAGGAGGUUGGUGGCACCUUAAUUGGGGAGGACAGGCUCGUGCAAACGGCUGGUGCGUAAGAAAUGGAAUGGUAUCAAAUACAUUGAGCACGUGGGCUCCAUGUGUCUAAAGCCAUGCCAAUAGCUCCUUUCCAGCCAUUGUUAUGAGCCGUCCUGCCCUCAGCAGCCUCCACUGGUAUGUGUGUCUGUAUGGGGGGGGGGGGGGGGGGCCGAAAAGCAUCUGCCUCUUAGCAGCAUAUCCCUCGAGGUACUGUAUAUGGACAGCCUGUGUUUUUUUUCUGUGGUUUUCUUCGAGCCCACCCUCUUCCCUACCCAGCUGUAAAGACUCACCAUACUGUACCCUUCGAGGCCAUUUCACUAGAUAGACAUGUUUUUGUGUUUCGUAAAAAAAAAAAAAAAAAAACAUUUCUUCUCACAUAUUUUUGCCAUCGUGGUGAUUAAUCACUGACCCAAACGCCUGCAAAUAGACAGAGUGAAUUCUGGUGACGAUAUACAUAUUUACAUUAUGUCGAGUAAGUUCAAAUGAAUUGUGCCUCCGCUUCAGUAUAUUUAAACGUAGCUGUAUUCAAAUGGUUUGGAUCUUCCAAAUUUCAGACGAGGUGCCUUUUUUCUGGCUUAAGAAAUGGAAAUGAUACAUGGGUAAAUUUAUCAAAAAGGCAAAUGACCGGGAGAAAAGUUGUGGCUUAAUGUGCUAUGAAGCUGGUCAUAGUUCUAGGGGUGUGGCUAAACUGUUUGGUAUUGUGUAUGUUUAGGUAAAUACUGUGCCAUAGUUUUUAGAGUCCACAAAUACGUUAUUGUUUUGUUUCUUCUUCAAAUAUAUGAAAUGUUUUAAUGUUGCCUGAAAACUUUGUCUGGAUUUGACACAAAGGCUUGUAGCCACAGCUCUCCCAGAAGUCCCUGGUUUGUUUCUUUAACACUUUCCUCUUGUUCACCUCUUUCCCGCUCUUUCUCCUCGCUACAAUCAAACAAAUAAAGUAUUAACCUGAUGACCUAA